AACUCUUUCUCUCUCCCACACACAGAUAUACAUAUUGAUUAAAUCUUAAAAGAAACCCUUUUUCCCACCUCAACCCCAUUCGAGAUCCACCAAUCCCACACCUCUUUCGCCUCUUAAACCCUAGAAACCACCGCCGGUGCUGCGGGAAUCACUCGUCGGACCUUUCACAGAUUCCGACCUUUCACAGAUUCCGACCUGAAUCCAGAAGUAGAGGGAGAAAUAACCGACCUCCGGUUUCUCUCUCCGCGCUCUUUGAUUUGGAUCCGUUUCGUAUCCAGGGCUAUUUUUUGGAUUGUCGAUCAGUGAUGGCAGCACCAGCAGCGGAGGUGGCGGCGGCGGAGACUCAGCAACCAGUUACUGCUCAAGUUGUCGGGAACGCAUUUGUGUCACAGUAUUAUCACAUAUUGCAUCAGUCACCAGAGCUUGUUCACAAGUUUUAUCAGGAUACCAGUAAGCUUGGUCGUUCCGAGGAGGAUGGCUCCAUGAGCAUAACCACCACUAUGCAAGCCAUCAACAGAAAAAUCAUUUCGCUCAACUACGAGGAGUUGAAAGCUGAGAUUAAGUCCGUAGAUUCUCAAGAAUCAUUUAAUGGUGGAGUUCACGUUCUUGUGACUGGCUAUUUAACAGGAAAAGGCAUCAAAGUUAGGCACUUUGCUCAAUCUUUCUUCCUUGCUCCGCAAGACCGGGGUUACUUUGUUUUGAAUGACAUGUUCCGUUAUGUGAAUAACGAUGGUGUUAGUCCAGCAUUGGUCCCUGAUGUUGUAGUUCCUGUUCCUGAAGAGCCAGUUCCCAUCCCGGUUCAGGAGAACCAUGUUUCUGAGCAGAUCGCACCAUCUGCAGAAGAAGCUGUUUCUGGAGAAGUGUACAACCCACCAGAGAAUGGGGACUUGCCGGUUACUGAAGAAGAAGAAGUUCCUGAGCCGGAGGUUGUUGAUGAGGUUCAGGAUAAUACAGAGCCAGUGGUUGAAACCCCUGCCAAAAUUGACGAAGCGCCAAAGAAGUCUUAUGCUUCUAUUGUGAUGCAUCUGAAGGCAACUGCUGCAACUUUCUCGCCGCCUCCUGCUGCUGCCCGAAAAGCUCCCCCAAAGAGCUUGGACCAAGUGAAGCCUAAUCCUAUUCCGACGCCAGAUGGUCCAGUUUCCAAUUCAGAUGUUUUUGAUCAUGAACAUAACCAAGAGGGUGAAGCUGAUGGGUUCUCUAUAUACAUAAAGGGCCUUCCCAUGAAUGCUACUGAAGCUUUACUUGAGGACAUAUUCAACAAAUUUGGGACCAUAAAGAAUGAUGGAAUUCAAGUUAGAAGCAACAGACAACAAGGAUUUUGUUUUGGCUUUGUGGAGUUUGAGGAGGCAACAUCUAUGCAAAAAGCCCUCGAGGCUUCUCCAGUAACAAUUGGUGGGCGUCAAGCCUUUGUUGAGGAAAAGAGGUCCACAAAUUCUCGUGGAAGCAACAGGGGAAGGUUCCCAUCAGGAAGGGGCUCUGGGUUCAGAAACGAUGGAGUUAGAGGACGAGGUGGCUAUGGUGGUGGUAGGGGAUAUAAUAGGGGUGAUUUCAACGGCAGGAGUGAGUUUGGAAACAGGGGUGGAAACCGGGGAGGUUCCGCAAACCGUGAUGGAUAUCAAAGGUCUGAAAGCAUCAAUAGCAACGGGGGUGGCCGUGCCAACCGAGCUGCUGGGAUGGCCAACGGCAACACAAAGAACACAACCCCUCAUGUCUCUGCCACUGCUUGAAGAGACGUAUCUUCAAGUUAGGUUCUGUUAUUCCCUUCUUCUUCCCAUUUCAAGUUUAGUUUUUACCUCGUCGGAAUCUUCUUUUCUGGCAGUUCAGUUGCGGCGCGACGUGUGCAACUGAAUUAUUCUUCGGCCAUUCUUCUAACUCAUUUGUUUCUGAGUUUCCUCAGUGUGGGUAUAAAUUUAUCGGUAGACGAGAUUGGGUAGGUUUUUUUGUCUUAGUAGAUUAUACUGUCAAUGGCCCAAGGAGAAGUAACUGGAUUCUUCAAACAAUUUUUUCUCCUUUUUUGGGUAUUUGAAGGUAUCAUUUUUCUGCAUUUUUCUACGUUGUAAUGUCUCUAAAUGAGGAACUAUUUUGGCUAUUAUUACUUGUAGACUCAGAUCUA